AAAAAAAAGUAUGCAGCAAGUAUUGGGUGUGGAUAAUCGGGAGGAGGAGAGUAGAUGCCGUUGAUCGGAGUCUCGGACUUCCCAUUCCGUCUAAAAUUUUCCAGGAGUUAACUAGUAGCUCUUGGGUUUUUAGGGUUUUGGAAGAAUCAGAGGCUCUAGGACAUGUCUGGUAAAUGGAAUCACACAGCUUUACUCGUUAUCGACAUGCAGAAAGAUUUUAUACACGAGGAUGGUCUGAUGCUAGUGAACGGUGGCAGAGCCAUAGUUCCCAAUGUAAUCAAGGCCGUCCAAGUCGCCAGGGAGCGUGGAAUUCUUGUAGUUUGGGUUGUUCGUGAGCAUGACCCACUCGGGAGAGAUGUGGAACACUUCCGCCGGCAUUUAUAUGCUGCUGGGAAAGUGGGUCCAACCGCUAAGGGAAGUGUGGGUGCGGAAUUGGUUGAUGGCCUUGUGAUUAAAGAAGGGGACUAUAAAUUGGUGAAGACGCGCUUUAGUGCUUUCUUUGCUACACACCUUCAUUCUUUUCUUCAGGGUGCCGGAAUUAAUAAAUUGGUUAUCACUGGUGUUCAAACUCCAAAUUGCAUCAGGCAGACUGUCUUUGAUGCAGUAGCAUUGGAUUAUCGAUCUGUUUCUGUUAUUGUUGAUGCUACUGCUGCUGCUUCACCAGAGGUGCAUGUUGCCAACAUGUUUGACAUGAAAAAUGUCGGCGUCGCAACCCCAACUUUGCAGGAAUGGAGCAAGUCUAAUGCAUGAUCUGUUUGGCGAUAAAAUCAUGGCCCUGCCUGAAGUUCCAUGUGUGUUGUAAAUUUGUUCUUUGGCUUGGGAAAAGUGAUGUCUCUUUGCUGUCCUUCUCUCGAAUUAUAGUAUUGUACUAUUGUGUGAUGCCUCACAUUAUAACAUGGUGGGAUAAAAGCAACAAAUAUCAUCUUGUUGGUUGCUCUACCUUUCUCAUUAUUUGGGAGGUGGGGGUUCCGAGGCACCUCUACUAGUUGAUGCUUGAGAAUAAA